AGAGCACUGUGCGAUAGCAUUUUCCUCUAUCCCAACAACGAAAGCAGUGAGAAGUGUCGAGAGAGAGCGAGAGAAAACGAGAGAGAUGAGCGUGUCAACAGCGGGAUACCUAGCGAGGAGAGCAGCGCAGAAGGAGAGGGUUCAGAUCCUCUACCGCCGAGCUCUCAGAGACACUCUCAAUUGGGCCGUCCACCGUCACCUCUUCUAUCAAGAUGCCUCCAACCUCCGCGAAAAGUUCGACGCCAACAAGCAUGUGGAGGAUCUGGACGCGAUUGAUAGAAUGAUUGCAGAAGGUGAGGCACAGUAUAAUAAGUGGCGGCACCCUGAUCCUUAUAUCGUUCCUUGGGCUCCUGGUGGCAGCAAGUUUACUCGAAACCCUACUCCACCUUCUGGGAUUGAGAUAGCGUACGACUAUGGUCGAGAAGAUAAUGAUUAAAUCUCCCAUCUUUUUUCCGUGGCAAUAAAUAAAGCUUGCAAUGAUCCGUGACUGUUGCAGGAGAUACGGAGCAGAGUUCAUUAUCUUGCUUGUGUUUAUUGAAAGAAAACAAAAUGAUAGACAAUCUGUGAUUUUUCACUGCAAUGUAUCUUUUUUUCCUAUGAAGGAUAUUGUGUUGCAGACUGACUUGGAUCAAAACUGCAAUGGAAUGAUCUGGAAUUCUUUAAAUGAAAAAAACUUUAUUUUCUUCA